GUAAAUACAACCUAACCUAACCUCACUCUAGCGAUUCUGUCAGCCUGUUACACGUGUUUCAGAGCGAAGUAUUAAUUUUAAUCCUUUAAAAUGGAGAAACCAGUUGUUUCUGCGCGUGUAUUAAAAGUGCUAGGCCGAACGGGUUCCCAAGGCCAAUGUACGCAAGUGAAAGUUGAAUUUUUAGGUGAACAGAACCGUCAAAUCAUCAGGAAUGUCAAAGGUCCAGUCCGAGAAGGCGACAUCCUUACCCUCCUGGAAUCAGAGAGAGAAGCAAGAAGACUAAGAUAGUGUGAAUGCAGCUGCUGAUGACAGUUUUAAGUUCUCAUUUCUCUGGUCCUUCACAGAUGCAACCUUACACCACUUCAAGAUGAGCUGUCUUAAAUGUAACUCAAUUGAUACCAUAAAUCUUGGAUUAAAGAAGUGAAGAAUACUUUUUGUACAGACCCAGCUGAAGUCAGCUCUGAAUUUUUUUAUUUAACUGAAAAUUCCCAAAAGAAAUAAAAUGAAAAAAAAAAAAAACUUCAAUGAAAAGAAA